AUGACAGAAACCAAAUCAUUUAUAGAUUUACUUAGUACAAAUUUGGCUCAUGUAUUUCAUCGAUAUUUAUUUGUUAAAAAUAAACAAUUUUGUUCUCAUCAAUUAACAAAUUCACGAAAAAAAAUUCGUAUUAAUAUGGAUAAAUAUGGCCAUUUAUUUAGUUCAUGUUUUAAUCAAGAAUUAAAUAAUAAAAUACAAUUAAAUGAUAAUAAAUCUCGAGAAAAAAAUAAUGUUUCAAAGAAUAACAAGAAAAAAAUGAAUAAAAGCAAUAAAAAGAAGACGAAAAUUAAAUCUAAGAAUACUAGUACACGACGAAAAAGUAAAGAAAAAAUAUUAAAGACGAUUAAUAAACCGCCAUCUGUAUCAAUUGUAACUAAUCAAAUUAAGUCACAAUUAUCUAGAGAUUCUAUAUCUAAAAGAGAAGAUCAUCAAUCAUUUGAGAUGAGACAUGUGUUAUCAUCAACUUCAUUGACAAUAUCUCAAACAUCAAAUCCAACACAAGAAACUGAUUCGACUUCAUAUCUAUCAAAUCAAUAUCAAGAAAAAAUGAAAUAUUUAUACAAUAUGAAACCAAUAGUAAAUAAAAAUUCAUUAAAUGAAUUAAAUUUAACAAAUAAUUUUCAACAUAAAAAAAUGAAACAAUAUUCCAAAGGAUUAAAACCUGAACAACUUUUUCGUCGUCCGAAAGAUUCAAGAUCAAAACGACGCAAAUGUUGUGGAGUCUAUUACGAAUUAUUUGAUGAUGCAUGGCGUUUACUCGAAGGAUGGUUUACAAUGGAAUAA